CAAAAUCAUCUUUGUGUGACUUGAAGCAUUUCCAGGUGUGGUCUACCGUUCUGAUUUGCACCUUUAAGGCAACUAAAGAUGCAGUGAUAUUCAAACUGUGACAUGGGAUCGGGAUGUAUUGUUCAAAUAUGCCUGCUUAUCAUUAAUCUUACUAUUUCGGCUGCUCAGCGCUGUCCUUUGUCUGCCAGGACAGAAACAAUUGUUAGACAAUGUCCAAAAAGCGAAGAAAAUACCAAAACAAGAGCACAAACAAAAGCUUGUUAUAGGCUUGCAGAAGAGCAGACUUGUACAAAUUCAUCGAAAUUCAAGUAUCACUGUCUUCCUACUGAUCUAUCGGGAACUUUGGUGGAAGUGUGUGCUGCUGAAACAUACAUUCAUGGCGUAUGUGUGUUUUAUAACAACACGGAACUUCAAAUAAAUGAAAGUAUAAAUUGUAGCCAGUCUUCUACAUGUCCUCACAGAUUUUUAUCAUCAGAAGCACACUUAUAUGAGCCUUGCCAGUCAACCAUUCUUACAUCGACAACCCUGACAACUUUUAAAACAGUAACUACUGUACCCGGGGAUGUCUCGAAACUGCAUACCAGUGUGUAUAUAUUAGUUGCAGUGACGGGGAUAUUUUUUUUUUCCAUUGGAAUACUUGUUUUCAUUAUUAUGAGAUAUACAAACAUUCAGAAAAAGAAUAAAAAAGAAGUCCACGAAGAAGACAUUCCUUUGCGUAUGCUAGAAGUUUACGACGAAGAUGACAUUCUUUUGGGUGAGAAAGGAGAACAUAAAGAAGAUAAAAGUCAUUUACAUCAAACAAACUGGGUAGACAAUUACAACGUAUGGAAGACAUAUUUAUCAGAACAGUUCUCCACCCUGACUGAUGGUGAGGUGUCCGUGUUAUUCUGUUUUCUGUGUUCUGACUCCGGUUCCCCUGACUUCACUGUAACAGAGUGGCUGGAUUUGCUUAAUAACAUACGACAAAGUGUGUUAGAUAAAGAUAAUCCUGAAACACGUGAGGAAGCACAGCAGACUCUGGACAGACUGAGGUCACGUGAUUACCUUUGGGAAGAUCAGGACAAGAUGACAGAGAAUACAAAGGAUGAGACAAUGUAUAGGAUAACAUUAAAAAAUCGUUAUAUUCCAUUUUAUCACAGUAGUUAUCAUGCAGCCAACAUGUACCUGAGGUCACGUGGAUACAAAAGAAAACCUGAAGAGAAGUGUGUCAUUGGGGUUGCUGAUUACCUUCUGAUACGCCGUCUACAGAUGAACAUACUGACUCACGUCACCAUGGAGGACACGAGUAUAUAUGAUGAGAUACACCAGAUAUUGAAUAUCCCAGACAAUAUGCUAUGGGACAGUAAAAACAAACGAAAACAGUUUUUACUGAAUCUAAGGGGAGAAGGGGAGGCUGUGCAUUACAGAGGGCGAUCGCAUGACAGUAUGGAUCACGUGAGAUGGCUAUGGAGAUACGGGGUUUAUGCGAGACCUGACAUCGUGAGAUCCUGUAUAGGACUCCAUCCUCACAAUGACAUUUACAUCAUCGACAACAAACCUUAUAGGAAACCAAGUGAACAUCGUAACAAUCCACCAGAUGUCAGGUGUCUACUGUAUUCUCUACUGUUAGCUGAAAAAUAUCAGUUGAAUCUCAAUGAACAAUCGCACAGGAUCAUAAGGGACAAAAUCAGAGAUAGAUAUUUCCCUGAAGUUGCUGAAGAAGGCUUGGUAAAUCUGCCUGAUGGAAUCACAAAAACCCAGAAUGGCUUGAUAAAGUUUACAUCAGACGACAUCAGACAUGACGUAAUGUACGCCUUUGUCACGGAGUGCCUGGUAGAUAACAGUGAUUUGGAUUUUUUCCUGACCACGGCGUCACGUGACGUGAUCUCUGAAUACUGCCGGUCCUGGCGUUAUAGGAGGAGUGAGGGAGAGAGAUGUCUAUAUGUACCGGACGAGCCGAAGAAGAUGUUCGACCUUUUUAUAGAGAAACUACGGCUGGACAUCAUCACACACUGUACCGUAAAUGAUAAGAUGAUUCAUGACAGUAUCAGUGAACGUU